AUGAAUGGACACGGAUUCGUGGCACUUGGAAUCUACAGCUCAAUGGACGAUGAGGCGCGAAUAUCGCACUUUGAGAGAUUCAACAAAAACAGGGUGAACUUCCUGGUUGUGACAGACGUGGCUGCUCGUGGCCUAGAUAUUCCACGACUCGACUGUGCCAUCAGCUACGACCUGUCUGACGAGAAGACGUUCGUUCACAGAGUGGGACGAGUCAGAGGAGUAGGCGAGUCUGUUUCAUUCGUGACGUAUUCAGACGUAUUCCACUUCUUCAAUAUCAAGGAGACCCAUUUGCCAGAAGCAGAAAUAGGCCUAAUGCCCCAGGACGUAUUGGACAAGUACGACAUGGGUGAAUUCAAGUACAAGAAGCAGCAGGCACUGAGGGGAUACACGAAGUGUCUGAAAUUCAGGAAGAAGGUUUCAGUACCAAGUGAAUUUAAGGCAAAAAUAGACCAAUUUGAGUUGCAUACGAAGUACAGGGAGAGGGAGACACUGGCUGGGCAGAUAAAGAGGAUGAGGCAUCCAAGGGCAGUCAGAACAGUCGAGGAGGACCUGAGGAAGCACGAUGGGUAUCGAGACCAGUUCUACAUCCCAUACAGCAGGAAGGAGACACUGACUCAUUCCAGUGCAUUUGGAGUCGAAAGAGACGACUACGUCACGGAGCAGAAGACCAAGGAGAGAAUAUGGAGGAGGAAGCAUGUUGGAAAAGAGAAGUGA